AUGGGCUCCGAUCGAGAUGCAAAUAAAAUCCGCGCCUCGCUCGGCCAGUUCAACAAGCUGAACUCGGUGGCGAAAAUGGUGGCACGAAUGGGGCAGUGCUUCACGCAGAGCAAGGAAUCGCCAAUCGAACUGCCGCGCAAGCAGUAUGAGGAAGAAGCCGACUAUUUCGGCGGCUCGGACUAUGUGGACGUUAAAAAGCUAACCAAGGAAGAAGCGGCAAAUCUAAAGGCCGAGGAGCCGUACACGUUCAGCGACGGGGUUGGCCGUAUUUCGGAGAGCUACCUGAAAAAGAUCGCCUCGAUGAGCGACUACCGCUACAAAGAUCACACACCAUCUUGUGUCCAGUUUCGCUACCGCGGCUUCAAGGGCAUCCUGGUGAUGGACCCGAUGAUGGACCGGGGCCGAAACUUCUUGGAAUCGAUCGAUUUGGCGCCGUCCUCAAAAGCCGACCCCAAAGGCAAAAAACGAGCCAAGGAGGUCAACAUCGUCUUCAGAGACUCCCAGAAAAAAUUCGAAGCCCCGCGCAAACACCAGAGCGGCGAGUCCAUGAAGUUCGAGGCUGUCGACAUUCCCGAACUUCGCCAUCUCGUCGACGUCAUUGUAUUCCCUCGGAAUGGCCCCCGUCCGCACCCCGAUGAGAUGGCUGGUUCCGAUCUCGACGGUGAUGAAUAUUCGGUGAUCUGGGACCCCGACCUCAUGUUUGACCACAACGAGCAAGCAAUGCGAUACCCGAAGCAGCAAUGCGAAACUACCGCCGAGCUGCAGCCGGAUGCCUUCCGCCAUAAAAUGGUCGACUAUGUGAUCCACUACAUGACGCACGACACGAUCGGCACCGUCUCGAUCGCCCACCUCAUCCAGUCGGAUCACUACGGACUGUUCAGCCCGGGCCAUCACAUCGGCGACUACGAGAUGCUGACCGAGCCGUACGAAGAGCACUGGGCCAACGAAGCUCAUCCCUUGCACAGGCAAGUCAAACAGCCGACGCCCGCAAUGCUCCAAAAAGCAACCGCCUACUACAAAGUGGCAUACGAAUACGCAAGGCAGCAGCGCGGUGAUCGCACGUUGUACCUCUCGUUCCCGUGGCUGGUCUGGGACCUGCUCGUCGCCCUGAAGAAGGACCGUUUCCGGCAUGACAUGGAAGCGGUGUAUGAGGAAACGCAGGCCAAGGAGUUCAACGUGCAACUCGCCAGUCGCAAAUUCCGCAACCGCAAGAUGCUCGCGUUUGACGAAUUUGGGCUGAACUCGAUUAUGAUCAGCGACGAAUGGAUACCAUUACAUGAGACCGCCGCCCGCGCCUUCUACAGCCUCGCCUUCUCCGGGCAGUUCGAGUCGCUGAUGGGCGAGACGGGACAUCAGGGCCCUGGCGGCCAGCGCAUCUACGAAGACACCCCGUUCCUCAUCGAGUUGCCGCAAGUCGGACCCCAGCUGGCCAACAUUGAGAAGAAGCUCAUCGAGAAGCUCGGCCUCAAGGACUUGCUGCUGAGGGCGUUGCCGGACUCUCGUGCUCAGAAAUUCGGUGGUGUGCGUGUCAGCGCGCUGGGCUGCGCCGCGUCGUUGCGCCGUCUGCGCGAGGCGCUGAUGCUCGACCCGAUUAUUCAGUACGAGCGCUACGGGCCCGGCAUCGACGCGGAAUACGCGAGCCGAGAAGAGCUGGAGGAGAAUACGUUGACGGCUAUUUUGGAAAUUGCCAACGCGAUUGACUUGAACCUGCCGGUCACCCAGAUCCAAUCGGCCGGCAAGCAGCUUUUCGAUGGGUGCAUGAAGAAUGCACUAAGAACCUCGGAAGGCGGUCGCCCAUUUGAACGUCUUCUCCGCGACGUCCCCUGCGGUCCAAUAUUCCCGGAUUGCCACAACUUUGACGCCGGCCAUUAUUCAUGGGAGCGAAAUGCAGGAAUGAUGGACCCAUACGUCGGAAAGUAUAACUUGUUGGUGGCAGAUUCUGAGAUUCCGGACCCUAACGAUCGAAUUUUGCGCUUAUCGUUCCGACCCCCGGCCCUCGAUGGCUUUUUGGCUCCGAUCAAGUCAAAGCUGCUGCAAACCCAUAUGCACGAGACCGAGUUCGAGCCGUUGCUGGCCGUGGCGUUGCGACAAGAUCUUUUGAACGAUUUGGCUAGCCAGCUGCUGCGAGUCAAGCCGCUUUCUGGGGAUAAGCAUGAUAUGCUGAUCGAGGUGUCGCAGCUUAUCGUCGAGUUGGAUAAUGUAACUCGCCAAAUUGCGCCCUCCAGGACCGUAAUGCCACUUGGAGAGUUUGUGCAAAUGAAUCAGAUGAUAAACCUGACCGAAUACCUCAGUGGCGAUUUCUCCGGCAUCCUCAGCUGGGCCAGUGGCGACCCGAUCAUCGUCUACGACAUUGAAUACUUCCAACAAUUGGCCCAGAUCGCAAGCCGGUCCCCGAAACGCGCUCUCGCCAACUACCUGACGCUGGUGGCCGGGAUAAAUCUUCGGGAUAACCUGGUGCUCGCCGGGGAGAAUGCAACGUGGCGAGAGUGUGCCCGCGGGGUACGGGAAACGGACCUGUUUGCCCAUCUCUACGUGACGAAACGGCACAACAUCUCGAUGGCGGCG